AUGACUUCCUCUCCCUCUCUCUCUUUCAGCGACGCUCCAGUGAGUGAGCUGUCUCUGGAGUUGCUAUUGUUGCAGGUUGUUCUUCCUGCUCUGUUGGAACAGGGACAUACGCGGCAGUGGCUCAAAGGUCUGGUGCGAGCGUGGACUGUGACCGCUGGCUACUUGCUAGACUUGCACUCUUACUUGCUGGGAGACCAGGAAGACAAUGAGAACAAUGCCAACCAGCAAGCCAACAACAACAACAACCAGCAGGCCCGAAACAACGCCAUUCCUGUGGUGGGAGAAGGACUGCACGCUGCCCACCAGGCCAUACUGCAGCAGGGGGGCCCAGUGGGCUUUCAGCCCUAUCACCGACCCAUGAAAUUCCCUCUAAGGAUUGUGUUGCUGAUUUUGUUCAUGUGCGUAACGCUGCUUUUGGCCAGUUUGGUGUGUCUCACGUUACCAGUGUUCACUGGACGCUGGCUGAUGUCCUUCUGGACGGGCAGUGCUAAGAUCCAUGAGCUGUACACUGCAGCGUGUGGGCUGUAUGUGUGCUGGCUCUCCAUCAGAGCGAUCACAGUGAUGCUGGCCUGGAUGCCUCAGGGGCGGAGAGUCAUCCUGCUCAAGGCUCAGGAGUGGACCCUCAUGAUUAUGAAGACAUUGAUUGUGGCUGUGCUGUUGGCUGGAGUGAUCCCUCUGCUCUUGGGACUGCUGUUCGAGCUGGUCAUUGUAGCUCCUCUUAGAGUGCCGCUGGAUCAGACGCCUCUGUUCUACCCCUGGCAGGACUGGGCUUUAGGAGUGCUGCAUGCCAAAAUCAUUGCUGCCAUCACCCUCAUGGGUCCCCAGUGGUGGUUGAAGACCGUUAUUGAGCAGGUGUAUGCCAAUGGAAUCAGGAACAUUGACCUUCAUUUCAUCAUCAGGAAGCUGGCGGCCCCGGUUAUUGCUGUACUGCUGCUUUCUCUCUGCAUCCCUUAUGUGAUUGCUGUAGGCAUCGUCCCCCUUCUAGGUAGGUAUAAACAAUGCUGUGCUAGUCAUAAAGCUCUCAGUUUCUCAGAACAU